ACAUUUUGCUUGGUCUUCCACUUAGUGAUUGUCGUCUUCUACCUUGGUUGUAAGGUUUUGCAGCUGCAUUGGAAAAAACAUUGCAUCAAGGACAGUAUCAUUUUGAUGUUUGGAGUUUUGUGCAGACAGGUGCAUCUCAGCUUUAAGAAGGUGCUCUGUCCCUUUGAAGCAACACCCUCUGCCAACGUCUGGAGGAUAUUACCAAGCAGAAUUGGUUUUCAGUUACAGAGAGAGCCCCGUAGGUAUGUCCAAGGAUGGAUACCCCUCUGUGUAUGUGGUGGACACCCAUGCCACCCGGCCUCCACUGCCACCCAGGCUGAACCAGGUGCGACAGCGUGCCGGGGUGGCACAGACCCUGCUAAUCCUGCUGGUGAGCGUGGCGUUGUGCGGCAUGGCCAUAGAAGCCUGCUUCAUCUACCGUCUCUACCAACCUAAUUCUGCCCCCUCAGCAUCGUCCUCUAAGCAAAUCGCAGGUCAAGUCAUUACUCAUCCCACUAAAAGUCCCGGUGUUAUUCAUCCUUCCAAACCGGUUGCACAUCUGACAGAUGGACAAGAUGUAAAUGUAGAUCAUGAAAAUCCUAUCAUGGCAUGGAGCAUGAUUGCAGGCCCUCUCCUCCAUGGCAUGGACUACAAAGACAGAGGUCUCGUCAUUCAGAAGGAGGGUUAUUACUAUGUCUAUUCCAAGGUUUCCUUCUAUUCCACUGAUCAUUUUAACCACACUGUUAAUCGGAUCACUGACCGGUACUCUGGGGGAGAGAUUCCCCUCCUGAUGUCCAGAUACUCUUCCAGGGAAACGCGAUCCAACAAUAGGGAAACGCGAUCCAACAGUAGGGAAACACGAUCCAACAGUUACCUGGGUGGAGUGUUUCACCUCACAAAAGAUGAUGUCCUUUUUGUAAAAGUGAGCAAUACCUCAAACAUUCUGCGACACAAGUCCUUUGAGAACAUCUUCGGUGCAUAUAUGAUAUAAAUAUCACAUUGAUGUUUCACAAUGGAUUCAAACGCUCGGAAAAGAGUAAAUAAAAGUUGAAAAUAAAUGCUAUAGAAUCUUCUCGAGAAUGAUUCAUUCUCUUUGAAGAAAAAGUAGGUCCAUAACCGGAAAGAUGAAGGUUUGAAAACCUCUUUGUGCCUCUUUGAGUAUUGUGAAGGUUAGGACCGUGCUGGAGGCUUUUUUUAUUGGGGGGUGAACUCCCUACUUUUUUGAGUAUGUGUAUUUAAAAACUUUUCUCAUCAGGGAAUUUUUAUAUGCUUUUUUUAUACUUUAAACAUAAUCGUCUGAAUGUUACAAAAUGAGUCAUUAUAGAUAAAAACUUUCAUACAUUGUUCAGUUUUUUUAGUAUAAGCGUAUGUGUCAUAUUCAUGCUAAAAUUAAAAACAUACAAACUGUCUCCUUAUACAUUUCUUUUCAUUCUUGCUGUGACACAUACUGCACACUAUUUAUGUAUUCCUCCAGUGGUAGAAUGAAUGAUAUAACCACUUUAAUUCUGCUGUAUGUAUGUACAAUAUUGUAUACAGCAUACUGAA